UUUACUCUAAAUGACGAGAAAUUUUGUCCAUGACUAACUUGCCCAUUUUCCUGAUUCUGAGAGUUCUGUUGAUUGUAGAAAGGUGCUUUGGGGUUUGCUUAGAAUAUGGGAUGAUAUUAUACUGGAAAAUUUGUAAGUUUCAGCAUCAAAACUAAUAUCUUGUGACGUUAUUUGCCUCUAAAAAUGCACUUUUGUUGGCGAAAUUUUGUGUCAUUUAGGAUAAUUACAGUAUUUCUUCGUGGUGUUAAACUUGACAAUUUGUGCGUGACAUUAUGCAUGUUGGAAGUGGGAGUUUAAUAAUAUUGAGUUUGAUAUUGAUAUGUUUUGUCACCUUACAAGUACAUGUUAAUGUGAAUGUUGAUUUGUCCUAAAGCGAUGCCCAUUCAUUCAUUCAUUCUGAUAGGAUGUGGUAGCACUAUGUACAUGAGUGGAUGUUUGUUUAGUGUUAGCUCUUGUGUCAUACUUACAGGCCAGACUGAUAUCGUAUGAUCUAUUAAGGUCAGAACAUGUGUUUCAAUGAAACUUGAGUGAUAAUGUUUUUCAUACUAUAGGAUGGUUUGGAGAAUGACUGGAAAAUAGUGAACUAUAGGUGACUAUCCAGAAACAUGACUACCUCUUAAGAAAAAUUUCAACAAUCUCAGAGAUUGGUUUAGAGAGUAUUUUUUGAGUUUACAAUGGAGGUGAAUGGUGGAGAAAAAGGAGAGCCAUGUGGUGUGAAUCUAGUGGAUGGGCAGCUGUUAGAAGAGUCAACCAAUGACUAUGAAGAUAAGAAGACUGUCCAAGGGGUGAAGCCUUCAUUAUCCAGUGGAAAAACCGAGGAGAAUGUUGAAGAGAAUGGCUCAGGCUCUGACACCACAGAGGAAAAUUCCCAGAAUGAUGGAGGUUUAGUUAAUGGGAAGGAGGGAGUGGAAGAUGUUGACCAAUCAGAUGACUCUGUUUCAACCAAGGAUAAUGAAAUCGAUGGAAAGCACAGUGAUAAAGAUGUGGCCAAUGAUGAAAAUACAGGAAGUUGUUCUACGACUGGAAAUUCUGAAAAUAUUAAAGAGGAGAAGUCUGCUAAGAAAGAAUGUGCAAGUCUGAAAUCUGAGAAAGUAUCAAAGGAUUCUGAAGUUUCCAAAAGCAAUAGUGAAGAAGGCAACUUUAAUGAGAAUAGUUGCGUAAGAGGAGAAGGGAGUAGCCAAGAGUCAGAUCUGCAAAAUGGGAAAAUUGAACAAUCCCAACCAACAAAGAAAACAGAGAGUGCUAAGAAGGAAGUAAGAAUGCCAAUGCUUGUAAAACCUGAGGCUUUGUUCCAUAUGCCUGAUUUCCCCACAGAAAAAGAACACUCAAAAAAGCCUGAGGAACAGUUUAAUGUUUUGAUAAAAACUAACGAUAAAAAACACUUGAAACAUUGGCUGCGAUCAAAUAUUUUGUCUGUCGGCCAUCCAGUGAGAAGUAAGCUCUGGCUGCAGACCUGUAAAUUAGUUUUCAGUUGGGGCUCUAGUAUUUUCCAGGAUAUGGUGGAUGAAAUAUUUAAAGGAGAGGUGCGUAAAGAGUUACCGGUGCCGUCCUUCGUUGACCCCGCCCACAUGCCCCAGUAUUUCCUCACCCCGACGGGUGUGCACCAGGUUCACACUGUCCUGAUUGUGCUGGAAAACCUAAACCCUGACAUCACAUUCUGCCCCAGCCUCUUCCCACUGGCGGCGCUCUUCUUACACUUCAUGGAGCCUGAGCAGUGCUUUGAAUGUCUGUACGGAAUGGUGCGGAGCCGGGAGAGCUUGUACCUAGCUCAGACGAAAGUCGCUGUUGAUGCCACACACUUGGUCAUGAGAGAUCUCGCCAAGCAUCACGCAAAAUCCGCCUACAGCAACAUUUCAAAGGACACAGAUGGCAAUGUGGAACCUGUAUUCAGGAAUUGGUUCUGGUGGAUUUUCAAAGAUCUACCUUUUCCCUAUUUGGUACAGGUGGUAGAUUGUUACCUGUUUGAAGGUGUCAAGGUGUUGUACAGAGUUGCCCUGGCUAUUCUCAUUCUCUACCACAAACACACAACUAAAUCUCGUGGAAACAGCAGCUUGAUGCAAGGGAUGAAUGUUUCAUCAAAGAUUAAACAUUUCUGUACAGACAUUCCUUACAGUAUGGAGAAGAUCUUAAAGACAGCCUUCGGCAUCCGAGGUCUGGGUAAGAGGGAAGUUCGCAAGCUCCAGAUGCGCCAUGAAAUGUGCGAGAAAAGCCACAAGGUGCGGAUGACGCGUGCGUCCAGCAUCACACGCAGCAUGUCACGCAACUCAUUCUCAGGGCCAGUUAAAACUCACAGAUCACAAAGCAUUCCGGCGCCUCUCUCACUGAGGAAGUCCAGCGUCAAGGGCGAUGCUGUCAGCCAGGAUUUGCUGGAUGCUCCCACAGCUGAGGAGUCUGAUCAUACUGUCCACCCAAUAAGGUCAAGGUCACUCAGCUACCUCUAUGUGGAUGAGGUGACCUGUAACACCCUUAGCCACCAAGAUCUGAUGACAAUCUGGGGCUGGUUACCUGCCAGGUACACAGUCUGUCAGCCACAGCUUCUCUACACCUCAGAAGAACAAGGCAUCAGUCUCCGGACUCUGUAUAGUAAGAUUGACCACCAAGAACCGACGCUCUUUGUCAUUAAGACAACCAGGAAUGAGAUUUUUGGUGCAUUUUGUUCCACUGACUGGCGAGAGCGGAUACAAACGGGAGAGCAGAAGAACUUGUGUUACUUUGGCAGUGGGGAGACAUUUAUCUUCACUCUGUUUCCAAGGAGAAAGGUGUAUGAGUGGGUGGGGAGAAGUGGUGGUGAGGUCCCUCCUACAGGGAACAUGUUCCUGGCAGGAGACAAUCACACUCUGAUUGUAGGAGGAGGCAAUGGCACAGCGAUCUACCUAACUGACGGACUGCUGCGCUGCAGGACAGAGAGGUGCGACACCUUCAACAACCCACCCCUGUGUACAACACAGGACUUUGCCUGCAAGGUUCUUGAGGUGUUUGGGUUUACCUGAAAUCUGAGCUAUGACCACAGGAUUUUUGUUUUACCUAAAAUUCAAUCUGUUAAAAUUUUUAGGAUUUGUGGUGUACUGUCAUGUAAUGUGUAUUAUUAUUGUUUUUUAAGAAGUUUGCGUUGUUCUGCUGCAUGGAGGAUUAAGUCUGUUCCAUAUUUUCUGCAUGUCCUUAUUAGUGAAAUUCCUUUCAUCUUUUUAUAAGGUGAGUGCUAGUCAGUUCAAUAAUAACAGCCAUACACGUAUAAAACAUUCAGGCAAAAAUAGUCUUAUUGAUGUCAAAUUUAGCCUGAUAUCACCUACCCUAAUUCUUCAGUAUUUUCAACUGCCUCUGUGGCCAGUAAUUGUUUGCGUGAAUCUACUGAAAAAAAGUGCUUUGGAGAUCGAAAUCUAAGGUUGAGGAUUUACAGUAUAUUUAGCUGUUAGAUGGAUACUGCACACCUUGACAUUCAUGUACAUGAUUUGAACCUGUUUAAAACUAUGGGUUAUAUGACAGAGAACAUUGUAGGUUUUAAGUAACAGAUAAAGAUUAGAUUAGAAUACAUAUUAAACCUUCUUUAGAUUUGUUGAUCACAUUUUGUUCACCUGUAAUUAUCUGGGUUCCUGCAUGUUUUGACCUGUGGUGAAUGUUGUCAUGAAAACUCUACCAGAAUUGUAUUGGGACUUGUGGUUCACAAUUGAUGAGUUUCUUUCUGUUUUAACGCAAAUUUACUUCAGGAUUUAAAACUAAUCAGUAAACUUCUGCAAAUCUUAACCAUGGAAUAAGUCAUUAAUCAGCUGUAUUUAAAGCCCUGUGAGGAGAAAUGAAUUGAGAAUGUUCAAUGUUUGAGUUCUUACCUAACACUACCCAAGAGACUUUGAGUUCUUACCCAACGCUAAUGUGUUCAAAUGUACACGUGUUUGGGGUAAAGCUUUAUAGACAGUCAACAGCACUGUAAUUCUUCAACCUUUUCGCGUGUUUGCAAGGUGUCUAUUCAGUCAUAUUCUGAGGUCAUUGGUCUGUGUAGACUGAUAAACUUAGACGUGUUUUGAAGCCUUGAAAUCAGCCAACCCAACAAACGUUGUUUUGUUUUCAAAAUCAAAUGAAAAAGGUACAUAAAUUCGACUGAAAGUUUCUUUUUGCGAAAAGUUUGAGGAAUCAGGGUACAAUUAGAAACAGUAUGAGAAUUAUAUGGUAUCUGUACAUGGGAUUUAUAAUGGUGAUGAUUUUAAGCAUUUGCACAUUGGGUCAGUUAAAGUGCCUGCCUCUAUCUGGAUUUUUUGUUUACUCUUUAUUGUACUGCUCCACCAACAGACGUUUUAUAGCCUAUUUACAAUAAGUAUACAUUCUUUAGUACGGCGUAAAACACCAGUCAAAUAAAGAAAUACAAUCAGUACAUGAUCAAAGACACAGAUUUGCACAUUUUUAAGAAAUAUAAAUAUAU